AUGUCGUUGAAAUCACCCUCGGGACAGAAGAACCAUAGAACUCCCCAUCAUUCUGUGAGGUUCACCAGUGAAGAAAUGCCAAAAUACAAGUGUCUUGAUUCAGGGGACAGCGUCCAGAAUUACAUGGGGCCCCAGUCAUACCCUGGACAAGAUUCUGGCGCGCCAAGCCCUGACUCCUGCACCUUUCAGCCGGCCGCUCAGAGAUUCAGGAUCAAUGAGCAACGAAUCAAACUUCUGACGUCAAUAAACCAGAUAGUGCAGCAGAGAGCCGAUCUCGAAGCAAAUCGUGUCACUCUCAGCAGUCUUCUCGAUGAGUUGAAACGAAAGCUGAAGAGGAGAAUAGAAGAAUGCCAUUUCGAAAAGAAAGAGAAGAUGAGGUCUUUAAAGCAAGCCAACCAACGCCUGGAGAAAGAGAAGUUCAACGUGGUCUCAGAGCUGGAACACCUCAAGAGACACCUGGAGAGGGAAGAGGCACAUCAUCUGCAACAUGCGAGGACUGUCGUAGCGCAGGCCAUUCAAGGUGUAGUUUCGAAGUGCCCGCCACCAGAUGGCGCCUUCAACCAAUGUUCAAUUGCUGAUUUUCCUAACGCAGUGAGCAGAAGUGUCGCUAGAAAUGCCCCUUCAAGAAAUUCUGACAAUAAGCUGGCCGCCGCGCGACUCAUGCGCGACAUCGCCGAGCUCCGAACCAGGGUAGCCCAAGUAGAAGCAAGACUUGCCAACGAACUGAAGCGUAAAAGACAGGCUGAGCUCGACAUUAUUCGUCUGAGGAAGGAGUUGUCUUCCACGAAGAGUCUCGUCGCAUCGCUGCGGAUGCCCCCGCCCCCACUACGAAAGCAAUGUUCCAAAUUCGCGUAG